AUGAAUGCCCCCAGCAGCGUCUCACAACUGGAAAGCAUCAUCACAAACUUGGAAACAUGUGUCGCGGCCCUACACAACACACCUUUCACACAUGCAAGAGACGGACCGGGGGAUUUGACUGUUCUUGGCACAAGGGUAGCCAAUGUUGGAACUGCUAUCCAGAAGAAGGCGGGGUCGUACAGGCCCCCAUGCCGACCAGAAGUAUGGGAAGCGAGCAAAAAUUUGAGGACACAAACACAAUCAGCUAUCGAAGCCUUGAUUCGUGAUCAAGCCCUCAAGCAGUCGAGUGGUUUCAGAAGGAAUAUUGUCCUCAUAUUUGCUGGCCCAAGAUUUUCCAAUUUCGACUCUGCUCAAAUGAAGGCUAGGAAGAUGGCGACCAGGAUCAGAUGCGAACGACUACGACAGCUGGAGCCUGAUCAACUAGUUGUAUGGGCUCUCUCCUACAAAUCUACGUCUUGGGCCGUCGGCAGUAUGGGAACGGAGAUGUUUGACUGCCUUACAGAAGCAGUCCAUUUCAAUGCUCCGCGCUGGCCAACAGCGGUGGGAGAAGUUUUGUACAAGCUCCAGGAAACUGAGCUCCGCCAGUCAGUUGAAUACAGCGAAUUUCUCAGAGGUGAGAUGCGCCAAAAACUUCGGCACAAAGGCAGAAUUAACAACGUUAAGAGUUCAGUAGACUGCCGUCAAUGA